CUGAAGCACUUCAGUUUGUAUGCAUCUGGCAGUUACAAGGUGGCGCUGGUUUAGAAAUCCGGUUCCACUCAGUUCGCGACAGACAGUGCAGGUGCGCUGUGUUUCCGAUACAGCUCGAACAGAAUGGGAUCCAAAGACUGCAUCAUGAAGACUGUGCUGUUGGUCUCCGCGCUGGGCCUCUGGGCUGGGGUCGCCUCACAGUGCCUCUCCAGGAACGACGACCUGGUUCCUCCCCGUCAGCCGGACCUCGGCCACGUCUUGCCCUUCAGCGUCGGCCUUUUCAAGGAAGUCGUCUCCCCGUCGGGGAACUUCUUCUUUUCGCCCUACAGCAUCUGGACCGCCCUCGUCCUCACCUACUUCGGCGCCGAGACCAACACGAAGGCCCAGAUGGAACAGGUUCUUCAGCUGACUAACAAGGAGGAGACUCUCGCGUUGUACCGAGCUCUGAAUGAUGGCUCACAAGAAAACAUCGCAAACUACACUCUCAACACCGCUAACAGAAUCUACGUCAGGGAGGGCUUCUCGAUCCGUCCUUGCAUACAACAAGUCCUGCCGCGAGAGAUGCAGACUUUGGACUUUAAUCAGCCUUCCGCGGCCGCUGAGUUCAUCAACUCCUUCGUCAAGAACGCGACAGCGGGGAAAAUAAAAGAGGCAGUGAAACCGAGCCUUCUCAAAAGUGUCAGAAUGCUGAUUAUCAACGCCAUCUACUUCAAGGGCUUGUGGGAGCAACAAUUCAGAGCGGAAGACACUUACAAGGCUGACUUUUUCACUUCCCCAACGCAAGUGUCUUCGGUGGAUAUGAUGACACAAAGGGCCUUUUUCAGAAACGGCGUGUCCGAGGAGCUGGAUGCCGACGUGGUGGAGCUGCCGUACCGCGGGGGCGCCGCGUCGCUGUUCGUGCUCCUCCCGCGGGACAGUGGGACCGGAGGCGAGCUCGACCGGAUGCUCCAGCGCCUCACGCCCGCCGUCCUUGCCUCCGUCAUCGGGAAUCUGGAAAGCAGUGAAAGAAUUCUGAAUCUGCCCAAGUUUAAAUUCGAGAAGGGUCUCUCGUCUGAGCUCAAAGAGGCUCUCAUCAGCAUGGGGAUCCGCGACGCGUUCGACGACACGGCCGACCUCUCGACCUUCGACGGCAAAAAACCCUCGUGGUGACCGACGUCGCUCAGAAGGCCGUGAUCGAAGUCAACGAGGAAGGGUCAGAGGCCGCGGCGGUCACUUCUGUGGGAAUCGACAUCCGCAUCUCCCCAGCGGUGUUCAACUGCAAUCGGCCGUUUUUGUUCAUCAUUCGAGACAACGU